AUGUUUGCCUUCGACCAAGCCGCACUACCCCAACUCACAACCCGUAAGGCUCUCAUCCUGGUUGACUUUCAAAACGACUUCCUUGAUCCUGUUGAUGGCGGGCUGCCUGUCACCCAUCCAAAAGGAUUUGUCGAUCGCGCAACCAAGAUUGCAACCGCUUUUCGCUCGGUGGGAGAUGUCAUCUGGAUUCAGUCCCAGUUCGACAAAGCCCGUUCAGUUGAGAGCGACCAGAUAGUGUUAUCUGAGAAGGGACCUGUAUUGCGGCCCGGACCUGCCCAAAGCCGCAGGAAAAACGUCACAGCUGAGGCUUCUACUGAUGACUCACUGGAUCAUGAGGCCUUUCUGAGUCAUGGGGAGCCUCUUUGUGUGAAGCCUUCGCACGCAGGGUGCAGCAUGCCUCUAGCCGUUGCGGAGGCCGUCCAAAAGAGUGAUAUGAAAUUGACAAAGUCAUAUUACUCCGCGUUUCAUGGCACGCAAUUACUACGCGCAUUACAGGGCAAGAUGGUCAUGGAAGUUUUUAUCUGUGGCUCCCUGGCCAAUAUUGGCGUCUACGCCACCGCCAUGGACGCCGCAGGUCAUGGGAUGGCUAUUACGGUCAUAGAAGACUGUUGUGGCUAUCGUCAUGAAUCUAGGCGGGCAGCGGCUAUAAAAAGCCUCGUCGAACUGACCGGUUGUGAGAUUUUAUCCUCGAAAGAGGUUCUCAGUACUUUACCUUCAACUCCGUCGGUGAUUGGAGCCUCCAAGAAAGCACCAAAUACGCCAUCCGCUCCGCGAGCAAAAGCGGCUGGUGCCAGUAGUGAUAAGGAUAUUGUACAGUCGCUUCUGGAACUCAAGCUCGAUCCCAGCUCACCUGGCCCUGCUACCACUGUGAAUGAACCAAAUCCGAAGCCCACCUCUAAGACGCAAUCUCAAAAUCCCGAGAAGGAUAACGUGCAAACGAAGAAGACAGAUAUGGAACGCCAAGCGACAACUGAGGGUGGCACGGCGGAACAUGCUAAACCAGCUACCACGCUUGCUGAUUACGAAAGCAAAAGCGAUUCCUCCCCCAAACAAAAGCUUUGUGAGGGCGAUGCCGAUGUCAUUCUCAAUGCGCUGCCAAGUAGUUUAGCGGAUGAAGCUUUUGAAAAGCUUGAAAAGGAGGUACAAUGGCAAAGGAUGUCACACCAGGGCGGUGAGGUUCCCCGACUUGUCGCUGUUCAAGGCGAGGUGGGCGAAGAUGGCACCAUGCCAGUCUAUCGUCAUCCCGCUGAUGAAUCUCCACCACUGCUUCCAUUCUCUCCAACCGUCAAAGCCAUCAAAGCCGAAAUAGAGAAGCAUCUCGGCCACCCCCUGAACCAUGUCCUCAUUCAGUUUUAUCGCGAUGGAAAUGACUAUAUUUCCGAGCAUAGCGAUAAAACCCUGGAUAUUGUCAAGGGGUCAUACAUUGCCAACGUCAGUCUUGGGGCGGAAAGAACCAUGACUCUUAGAACUAAGAAGCUGGAAAAGGAUCUUUCUGAAGAGGCGUCCAAUGAUGGAAAGCGAAAAAUCGAACGUGCUAAACUCUCGCACAAUUCACUCUUCAGGAUGGGCUUGCAGACAAAUAUGAAAUGGCUGCAUGCCAUCCGACGAGACAAGCGAGCAGACCGUGAUAGGUCACCUGCCGAGCUGGCUUAUUCAGGCCGUCGUAUAUCUCUCACGUUCAGGCAUAUCGGCACAUUCCUCGAUCGUGAUGAGAUUAUUAUCUGGGGCCAGGGGGCAACUGGCAAGACUCGCGCCUCUGCACAUGCGAUAAACAAUGGCCAGAGCCCUGAUGCUGUGAAGAUGAUUCAGGCGUUCGGUAUGGAAAACCAUUCGUCGGAUUUUGACUGGCAGGCGCAUUACGGCCGCGGCUUCGACGUGUUGCAUAUCAGCAACUCUCCAAGAUUCUUUGCCUCUGAGGAUCCUGUAAUCAACAUGCGCAUUGCGCUCAUGUUGGCCGAGCUUGGUAUUAAGUUUGCCAAGGGCAGCAUGGCUUCUGGCAACGAUCUCCGCAGCGGCGAUCAAACCAACCUGCCAGCGUUCUGGUCUCCGCCUGUAAAAUUCGUUGACAACGAUGCUGCUAGGUCCGUUGUUCAGGGUGACAUUGCAAUCAUGCUCUAUCUGCACUCCCGCUACGGGCCCGGCUCCGCUACCGAUGCAGAAUCCGCUGCUCACGGUCCAGAAAAGCUUGCGAGGCUAUUCAGCCAGAUGCAGCAAGGGCUGAACCUAUUAUACACCUGGCGGCAACUGAAGAGCGAUGGGGAUCCCGAUAGUCGAGCAUUGCCUGGGAAGUUGAAGCAGGAGCUUGGUGUUUGGGACGACUACAUCGCUGACAACUUGAAACACAAACGUCCUCCAUAUCUUUGUGGAGACAAAUUGACCCUUCCCGACUUUGUCGUAUGGCCCGUCUUGUACUCCAUCGUAGAAGAAUAUGGCCUAGAUGUAGCAUUCAAGGGUCUAGAUGGAUUACGAACAUAUUAUGAAACUGUUCGACGGUUGGAUAUUGUUGCCACGGCUGUGGGAAAUCGAUAAUUUCCUGGGCCUGCAAGGAGAAGGCAUAUUUUCUGUGCUUCCCAGUAUGUUGAUAUUUUGUUUCCUGAAUACCCAGUAGUUUGGGCCUUUUCUUUUGCCUGACCUUGUUGAAUGGUCGAAUGGUAACGUUUGGAUUCAAUG